CCAUGAUGACUCCGCCCCCUUGCAUUUACUUCCGUCAAUAUUUCCAGCGCAGCAGUGGCAGAGGAGAGAAAACUGAGCCAGACAGCAACAAAGGAGUCGAUUGACUUCAAAGGAGCCUGGAGGGUGAGCUGCCCUCUCUCUGCUCAGUCCCUCCCCAGCUAAAAUGCCUUUUCUGGGCCAAGACUGGAGGUCACCAGGUUGGAGUUGGAGAAAGACGGAGCACGGCUGGAAAAGGAUGGUGUAUUUUGGGCAUGAACUAGAGGACAACAACAGAGAGAUAAGCCUGAAAGAGCUUUGCAGUGACAACAAUGAUCACUUGUUUGUGGGGGACGUGUGUGAACUCAACACUGCAAAGAGGAAAAAGGACUUCUACAACAACAACACCAAAUUUCAGUUUGUUUUCCGUGACAAAUGGAUCUAUGUGCAGAAAGGGAGCACCAAAGAGCGUCAUGGGUACUGCACACUCGGUGAGGCACUUAACCGCCUCGACUUCUCCAGCGCCAUCCAGGACGUGAGGAGAUUCAACUACGUGGCAAAACUUUUUCAGUUAAUAGCCAGAUCUCAGCUGCCAUCUUUGAGCGGAGCUGCCCAGAAAAACUAUUUCAACAUUCUGGAGAAGAUUGUGCGGAAGGUGCUGGAGGAUCACUACAAUCCACGCCUCGUCAAGGAGCUUCUGCAGGACCUGAAUUCCACUCUGCACAGUUUGACUCUCCACGUGGGCAGAUGCGUCCUCGUCGGUAACGUCAACAUCUGGUUGUGCCGCCUGGAGACCAUCGUCAAGUGGCAGCAAGAGCUCAACGACCUAGAGAUCCCCAAGCAAAUCUAUAGUGGCAUGUCAUUUAGUGACCUGCCUCUGCACAUGCACAACAAGAUCCUCUGCAACCUAUCCGAUGCCUUUGACAUCAUAAACUUGGGACAAGCCACGCCAACACUGCAAGUCCUCAGCGAGAACGGGACUCUGUGGAAAAAACUCUGCCUCUUCCACUUUUCUGACAAACUGUUUUGUAGGAAUUUGGUCAUAAACAAGAAUGAUAACGUGGACUGGAAGCUGAUGUACUACAGUUUGCUGAAGCACUACCCCAUGAAGGAGCAGUACGGCGACACUCUGCACUUCUGCAAACACUGUAGCAUCCUGUUUUGGAAGGAUCGCAGUGUGGCUUUGUUAUUCAAGGACUUUGGCCAUCCAUGUACAGCCAGCGACCCGGACAGUUGUCUGAUGCCCGUCUCUCCACAGCACUUUAUCGACCUCUUUAUGUUCUAAACUCCAUUAAUUUAAUUUUUACUCCUUCGACCCACAUCCAAAGGGCUCUUUUUUUUUUGUUUUUUAGCGCACAAAUAGCUCCAUAGGCCAUUGUGAGGAUCAAAGAGUCACCCUGAGGGAACAUGUAAAUAAUUUAUAUGUAAAAAAACAUAUGUUGGAUAUUUGUGAGUAAAUAUUAGUUAUGUGCAAUAUGACAAAAGACUUAUUUAUGGGAAGUCCAAAAAAAAUCUGUAACUAUUUGAUUAUAAUGACUUUGCAUUGCCAAGCCUGAUCCUUUUUGAGUUCUUUAGUGUGAACAAAAAUAUUGACUGUCUUACUCAGAUGUGGACACUUUUCUACUUUUGUUAGAAGUUUAAAGUGACAAAGGCAUCAACAUUGCUUAAGAAAAACCUUUUUUUUAUCCGUGCUCCAAGUUUUUAUACUGUUCCUUUAUCAUUCCAGCAGUUUUCAUGGUACUAUCUUGGCUUACAAUAAAGCCUUUUUAAAAUUC